AGACAAUUACAGUUUCAGGGGGAGUUGUGAUCAGAUUACCACUGUUGGCUGUCUGCAAACAACCACCGGCUCUGCUCAGAGUUGUUCUUCUUACAACAACAUCUACAGCCUGUUUCUGGUUCCGAAGAGUGAAUUCGUUUGUGUAUCAGACUCGCCCGCAGUCGCAUCAAACCUACCCCCUCCGUCCACCCACCAUCGCGAACCUCCCCCGUCGCCUCGCGCUCAGACGCGUCUCUUCGCGUCCCGCUUCAUCCCUUUCCUCUUUUUUCACCAUCACAGCAGAACAACCGCGAAUUGUCGUUGCAUAAUGGCGCUCCCGCCGAAGCAGAUUGGCACGUUUCUGCCGUCUGAGAUAUCUUUUCUGGCUGAGAAUACAAAAGUGACUAUAAUACCGCGACAGGCGCUUGAUUCUGUGGAUCUGAUUGGCCUAAAAUUACCGUCAAUGAGACCCAUGCGACGCGUCGAAGUCCCCCUCUGGGUCGCCAUAAUCCUCAAAAAGCAAUCGCGAUGCAACAUCGUCUCCCCCGCGUGGCUGUCCGAAGACAACCUAAAAAAGGCCUACGAGGCCGAAGCCUCAAACAUGACGCGGUUCUCGGACAAGCUGCCCUGGGAGUGGAUCGAGGUCGGCGAGCUCGUGCUCGAGUCCGCGCCAGACGACCUCUCGUCCGCGCCGCAUGUCAUCCGCAACCUGCUGCGCGACAUCCGCGAGAUUCGCCAGGCGAAAGUGCGCGCGGGUUUGCGGGGGUUGGAGUACACGUACAUGCAGCUCGAUCAUAUCGGCGCGAUGGAGCUGAACGAGAUCAGGCCGUUUGUGACGAUGACGAUGAACGAGCUGCGGAUCUUGCAGAAUAGUGUCGAGAACGAGGAAGAGCAGGCGGCAGAGGGUAUGCUCCCGGACGACGUGGACGACGGCAGCGAUAUGGACGACACGUUCGAGACUAGAGAAUACUCUGCGCCGCCGCGAAAUUCGUCGCAUUUCGACGACUCGGUCGGCAGUCGGCUUAGUCGGCCGCCGGCGCCUUCGUAUGACGACGAUGGCGAGGACGACGAUGACGAGUUGGAAAUGGACGAGUCCUAUCUGCAUACGAUUAACAGGUAGCGAGUGUGAUUAUAUCUUUGCGAUUGGAGUUUGCUUGUGUUUUUGUGUUUACUUGAUUGGUUUGAUUGGGUCAUUUACUGUACAGUCGUUUCGAUGC